AUGUCGCAGACGAUGCAGGAGACCGACGCCAAUUCGAGCCGCGAAAGCGAGGAGGACAAGACGCAGCAGAAGAGCAGACGCCCGCCGAGUAAGUCCAACACGCACGUACAAUGAUACCACAUCCAUCCGGGCUGCGGCGGAUGAAGGAGGUAGAGGAACGCCGAUAUUGAUGUGAAGGCGACACGCAGAUAAUGCCUUCCGCCAGCAGCGGUUAAAGGCGUGGCAGCCCAUCCUCACGCCCAAGACCGUCCUACCGCUGUUCUUUGCCAUCGGGGUCAUCUUUGCGCCCAUCGGCGGCCUGCUGCUCUACGCCAGCUCGGCAGUCCAAGAGAUCGUAAUCGACUAUUCCGAGUGCAACGCGACCGCCCCUAUCUGCGGCCGAACGGACCCUAUACCCAGCAGCGCUGUCACGACCUACUUCAAGAACAAGACGUUGGAAUCACAGCAGCCGAGAUGGUGUAAGGACUACACAAACGUCACGUACGGUGUGGGCUCGAAUGCGAUAAAGAAGAAUACCACAGCAUGCCACUUGCAGUUCCAGAUUCCCGACAGGCUUGAACCGCCCGUCUUGAUGUACUACCAAUUGACCAACUUCUACCAGAACCACCGACGAUAUGUGCAGUCCUUUGACCAGGACCAGCUGAAGGGCACCUUUCGGGAUAACAGCUCCAUUGCCGGCAGCGAUUGCGAUCCUCUCAGGCAGGAGGUAACGGGUCAAGAUGCGAAUGGAAAUGAUAUCAAGAAGCCGUAUUACCCUUGCGGCUUGAUCGCCAACUCGAUCUUCAAUGACACUUUCCACCCGCCAAUGCUGUUGAACCCGACGAAUGGCGAGCAGAAUACCACGUACCACAUGACCAACAACAGCAUUGCCUGGAGCUCGGAUGCCGACCUCUACGGCAAGUCGCCCUACGGCUUCGACGAGGUUGUCCCGCCUCCAAACUGGCGCGAGCGGUAUCCGGUAUACAACGAGACAUUCCCAUUCCCGGACCUCACGACGGACGAGGAGUUUCAGGUCUGGAUGCGUACUGCCGGUCUGCCAACCUUCAGCAAACUUGCGCUGCGAAACGACAAUGAGACUAUGGAGAUUGGAACGUACGAGAUGGUCAUAUAUGAUUGUGAGUAAAGUCUUGGCAAAACUCGACUUUCAGGCCACUGCUAACGUCACCUCCACGCGCAGACUUCCCAGUGACCCUCUACGACGGCACCAAAUCGAUCUUGAUCUCGACACGGACCGUCAUGGGCGGUAGGAACCCUUUCCUGGGAAUCACAUACAUUGUGGUUGGUGGACUUUGCAUCCUAUUGGGAGGAGUUUUCACGGUGACCCAGCUUAUCAAGCCAAGGCAAGUCCAUCGAGAUUGCACUGUGGAGAGAUUGUUGGGGGAGCAUUGCUAAUUGUUGAUCAGAAAACUUGGCGAUCACAGCGUAAGACUAUCGCGAGAUAUGGCACGUCAUUAUAGGAUGAGGCAUAAGCUGACUGGUUUCGUGCGCAGUACCUCAGUUGGAACACCGACCAGCCAAGCACAGCAACAACUACCGGUCGCGCACCCCGACCUAACGAAGCAGCAUGA